GUGUGCUGGAUAUGGCGAUGCAGAUAGCGUUGCAAUGAAUAUAGUUGGUGUCAAAUAUUGGACAUUAUUCGGAUCACCUAAAGUUACUGCGAGAGGGAUCGAACAAAUCUUGUAUAGCUGUGCUAGUGCAGUUAAAGCUAGCGUGAAGAUUAUCAAAUUGCAAUAUAAUAGACAGAAACAAAUUAGUGGUGUUAAUUCUGAUGCACAAACUUCUGGUGUCAUUGGUAUAACAUUGAACAUAAUAAUCAAUUUUGAUAGUAAUGCUACCAAUGAUUAUCGGAGAGAUGGUAUCGGAAACCUGACUCUACUGCAACAAUAG